UGCAAUUAGAGCUCAAUGGUACGAUGGGGACAUUUACGUCAAAGACCCAUAUUAUAUAUAUAUGUUGAAAAUAGCCGCAUUCUGCCAAGCUUGUCGUGCUCGUGCCCUCUUCGUAAUUUCAGCCUAGCAUUAAUUAGCCAGUUGUUGCGCCUCUCUUUUUACGAUAAUUACGUGCGUACAGCGGUGGAACUAGGUGUGAAAAUGGAAGUAGAGACGGGCGACAAGGAGGAGAUAGUGGAUGUGGGGAAGCUGCAGGAUGAAUCUGAGGUUUCAACAAAGAGAAUCCCACCGUGGAGAAAGCAGAUAACGGUGAGGGGAGUCAUUGCUAGCACUGUGAUCGGUUGCAUAUACAGUGUCAUAGCAAUGAAACUGAACCUCACAACCGGGCUUACCCCAAAUCUCAAUAUUUCUGCUGGCCUCCUCGCCUUUAUAUUUAUGCGCACUUGGACUAAGCUGCUUGACAAGGUUGGAAUUGUCACGUUUCCCUUCACCCGCCAGGAGAACACCAUGAUUCAAACAUCCGCAGUUGCAUGUUACAGCAUCGCUGUUGGAGGAGGUUUUGGGUCUUAUCUACUUGGAUUAAACAAGAGGACCUAUGAGCAGACAGGGAUCGAUACAGUUGGAAAUUCUUCUGGCAGUUACAAGAAUCCUGGAAUUGGAUGGAUGACCGGCUUCCUUUUCCUUGUUUGUUUCACUGGUCUUUUUGUUUUGAUUCCUCUCAGAAAGGUCUUGAUAGUCGACUACAAAUUGAGGUUUCCAAGUGGCAUGGCAACCGCUGUUCUCAUCAACGGAUUUCAUAAUCAGGGAGAAAAGAUGGCUAGGAAACAAGUACGCGGAUUCAUGAAGGUAUUUUCAUUCAGUUUCUUGUGGGGGUUUUUCCAAUGGUUUUACACUGGAAAAGAGGACUGUGGGUUCUCGCAUUUUCCCACUUUUGGGUUGAAGGCAUGGAAGAAUACAUUCUACUUUGAUUUUAGCAUGACUUACCUGGGAACUGGAAUGAUCUGCCCGCACAAAGUGAACUUGUCGGCGCUUCUUGGAGCCGUGCUUUCGUGGGGUAUCAUGUGGCCGGUUCUUGGCAAGCUUAAAGGAGAAUGGUUCCCAGCCAAUUUGCCGGAAACCAGCAUGAAAAGCUUGAAUGGCUACAAGGUCUUUCUUGCUAUUGCUCUCCUCUUAGGAGACGGCCUAUAUAAUUUCUUCAAGAUUGUUUGUAUCACUCUCAUAAAUAUGCAUAGCAGAUACAACCAGAGAAACUCCAACUCAGCUAUGCAUGGAGAAAACAAGGCGCUUGACAACCUGAGAGAAGACGAGAUAUUCACCGGAGAAACCAUCCCCAUGUGGGUAUCUAUGAGUGGAUACAUUUUCUUCACCUUGCUCUCUGUAAUCGCGAUUCCAUUCAUAUUCCCUGAGGUUAAGUGGUACUAUGUCAUCAUAGCAUACAUUAUAGCGCCAUCUUUGGCCUUCUGCAAUGCCUACGGAGCUGGUCUUGCCGACAUAAACAUGGCCUACAAUUACGGGAAGGUUGGCCUCUUUGUGCUGGCCGCACUGGCCGGAAAAGAGCAUGGCGUGGUGGCAGGGCUGGCCGGAUGCGGUCUCAUGAAAUCAGUCAUCUCGACGUCAUGCAUUCUGAUGCAGGACAUGAAAACAGGGCACCUCACUCUGGCAUCGCCGCGAGCCAUGGUGUUGAGCCAGGCCAUCGGCACUGCCAUAGGCUGCGUGGUGGCGCCUCUCAGCUUCUUUCUCUUCUACAAGGCAUUUGACGUGGGGAACCCGCACGGCGAAUACAAGGCUCCUUUCGCCGUGAUCUAUAGGAACAUGGCGAUCCUCGGCGUGCAAGGCUUCUCGGCUUUGCCCCGCCAGUGCCUCAAACUCUGCUUUGGCUUCUUUGGCUUUGCGGUAGGGGUUAACCUAGCGAAGGACGUUUCACCGCCGGGAAUUGGGAAAUGGUUGCCGCUGCCCAUGAUCAUGGCCAUGCCCUUUCUGGUCGGAGCCUACUUUGUCAUCGACAUGUGUGUGGGGAGCUUGAUAGUGUUUGUGUGGCACAAACUCAACUCCAAGAAAGCUGAGUUGAUGAUUCCAGUGGUUGCCUCUGGUCUCAUCUGCGGAGAAGGUCUGUGGACGCUUCCUGCGUCACUUCUUUCCUUGGCCAAGAUAAACCCACCAAUCUGUAUGAAAUUCAUUCCUUCCUAGAAGAAUCACCCCAGAUGUUGGAAGGGAAUUGGGAGAAUUCUGUUACUUAUAUAUACUAAUACUGGAUCCGUGAUGAACUACUGCCCUGGCCAAUAGCUGCUCUGCUUAGGUCACUUUUGGUAUCCAAAUUAAGAACUCUAGCUAGCUUCAAUCUGAUAUCAAAUCUCCUUAUAUAACAGAGAAUAAGAUUGAGGCUGAAACUAGCCCUGGAUCUUUC